AGUUGGGAAGAAAUUGAAAUUUAACUUUUAAUUUAUUGGCCUUCGCUCCAACUUCAACGCAGAUCUCUUCCAUCCGCCUCCUUCUUCUUCGUUCGAACUCUCACCUCUUCUCCCCAGACUUUCAGCCAAACACAAGAAAAGGAAAAUGAUUUCUGGAAAAUAAUCCAUUUUUUCCAGAAGUCAUUUUCCAGAAGCUACUUUCCUGGUUUCCGAACGGAGUAACGGACCUUCAAAGCCCCUAGUUUGACAGCCGAUUCGGAUAAGCCUAUGCGUGUGGAGUGUUUCUGCGUCUUGAGUCUUUAUUUCUUCCCAGAUUUGGCGUGUCCUUGCUUUGAGGGGAAGAAAUAAAUGGAUACAAAGGCUGGAGCUUCAAGUUCGGAAGUAGAAGUGAACUGGAAAGACCAACAGAAUAUCAACGAAUUCAGCAGACUGAACAAUCGUUUCCAUGAGCUAGAAGAUGAAAUCAAGGUUGCUAAGGAAACAACUGAGAAUCUUGAAGAUGCGGGCAACGAGUUAAUUCUCUCUGAUGAGGAGGUAGUGCGCUUCUUGAUAGGAGAGGUUUUUGCACACGUGCCAAGGGAAGACGUAGAGAGCAAGAUAGAGGACAUGAAAGAGGAAACUGGCAAGAAACUGGAGAAACUACUGAAAGAGAAAGCGGCUGUGGCUGCUAAGAUGACCGAGCUGAAAAAGAUUUUGUAUGCCAAGUUCAAAGACUCCAUCAAUCUUGAAGAGGAUUGACAAAAGAAAAAGAAGAAGCUGUCCGUCCCAUGUUGUCUUGACAAAUUGUAACGGGUUUUGGAGGAGAAGUGGCCAUUGGAACGAGUGUUCUAAAACACACUUUAGUUUUUUUUGACAUUGGUUGUCGAUGUUAUAAUGACAUUGGGUCUAUUUGAGGGGUUGUACCCCUCAAAUCGAACGGUACUUUGUUCGAUCUCCAAUUGAUUUUUACCCCUCUUAACUGUCGAU